AUGGAAGACGCUCACCUCCGUUCUUUCUCUUACCCUCUCCCAACCUACCAACCUGCCUUGGCAAGCUACCCUCCCAUCUUCUUCGACGACGAGGACCAGCCUGUCACAGCAGUCCAUUCUCCUGUUCCUCGUACUCCUACCUUCUACUCCUCAUCCUCAUCUACUGAAGGCACGGCUGCUUUUGCGGCGGCUGCUGCUGCAAGUGAGGCUGCCAGAGUUACUGAAGAAGAAGACUUUCGCUUGACCGAGAAAACUCUAGAGAAACUACAACUUUCCAGUCUCUCGGACAUCCGACUUUCAGACAAGAAUCUGGCCAUGGCCUGUUUUGCUGACCUGUCUCUCGACGAGGUCAUCCAUGCUGAAAACAUGCCUAUUGGAAGCAACGCUCACCUCUUUGGCCCCAAUCCCUGGGGAGUCAUCAUCAUCACCAACAUUCCCUACACCGUCACCCGCCAGGAGGUCCUGCAGUUUGUCGGCCGCUCGGCUCGAGUCAUCAGCGCCCAGAAGGGUUGCCCGGUGCACAUCAUCAUGGAGCGCUCCACUGGUAAGACCAUGGACUGCUUCGUCGAGUUUGACACUGUUGCUGCUGCCAGUGAGACUGUGACUCGUAUCAACCGCGUCCAUGAGAUGGGCCGUUCUCCUCGCAUGGGCAAUCGCCACGUCGAGGUUGCCAUGAGCAGCCAGGAUGAGCUCCUCAAGGCUCUGUUCCCCCGGGCCAAGUGCAUGAAGUGGGUUGACGGACAGCCGGUCCUGCAGGAGAACAAGGACUGGUGGUCGAAUGGGUUCCAGGGCUUUUUCACCGACGAGGAGAUGUUCUGUGUGCUUCGCCACGCCGAGGUACCUCAACGUAGCUCGUUUGCCUGCAAGGUGCCCCAGCGCACUUACGAGUCUAUCAUCAGCACCCUGUGGAAGUUCCCGUGGCAUGCGGCCAACCUGUACACCGUCCACGCCCGCCAGAAGCUGUACGAUACCCUGCGGUCGAUGAUUCUUGCUUUGGUUCAGCGCAUGGAGAAGGAGAAAACGGUCGGACUUGAUGGCCGCCUGGUCCGUGAGCUUGUCCUGGCAGGCCUCAACUGUCCCGUCUUCAAUCCUCGCAUGAAGUACAGUCUUGGUAUCUUCGGCAAGUGCCGCGACAUUGUGGCCAACAUGAACUGGGAGUACUCGGUUUAUUUCCCGUUUGACUCGCUGAUUCUGUUGCCGAAUGGUAACAUGCCUACGCUCAUGUACUACGCCAACCUGAUGGCCAACGGCCGUGUCCCGGACACCAGCACCCAUGGCCUCGAGCAGCGCCACCACCACCCGCAGCUCAUGAAGAUCUACGGGAAGGUCUGGUUCCAGUGGAAUGAAGUCGUUGCGAGAAAGAAAAGGUUCAUCGACGCCAUUGCCUACGAGCGGCGUGUCAUGCGCGAGAUGGUUGUCACUGGCUAUCUCUACGUGAGCGGUAAUCUGACCACCGUCUCUUCGAUUGGCACCGCUCCCAAGUCGACAACCUCCCCGGCCAAGUCGGUUGACAGCCAAAAGACUGUCUGCGGUAGUGGCGGUGUCUCUCUCCCGCUCGCCCAGCGUACCAGCACGCGCACUUCUUCCAGCUCGACCUCGGCCUCUGCUACCUUGUACAGCUCCUCUCAGGAUUCGGUUGGCCGCAGCUCGUCUGGCCUCAGCAACAGUUGCCAGCGUAACAACAAAUCGCAGGAUGGAAUUGGCCAUGUGUGGAUGUUCCCCCCGGCUCCCACUUCCACUGUGAGCAGUUCUACUGACAAUCUUUACGUGCCUACCAUGCCUGGCCCUCAGACCAGCCAGGUGUCACCGUACGUUGGUCCACUCGUGAAUCACCCUACAGCCCCAUUUGCCAUGCACCGCUCGCGCGGUUCCAUUUCGUCUCCUACUUACCCGCACCAGUCAAGCGGCCAGGUCGGCCAGAGCAUGCACCACCGCUACCCGUCUUCGGGAAGCUCCUCCGGGAAGUGGUAA